ACAACCAGUCGACGUGACGUGGACAGGCGAUAACCAAUAUUGGGGAUUAAUGAGUGAUUCUGGAGGCGCAUACUGCGAGCGCUACAGGGCGUUAUCGUUUCGAUCAGAUGUUCGUUAUCGUUAGUUUCAAAGAAUGUCACUAAAUUUGGGUAUAUCCAAAAUGCUGAAGAAAGAAGCAAAUAAAGAACCUCAAGUACCUGAUUCAUGGAUUGAAACCUCUGAUGCAGUUGCUCGCCAGUUUAAAUUUGAACCGGAUGGCCGUCUCUCUGUGAAGCUUAUUGAAGACUCAAGGCCUGUCCUCCCUAGAAUAGUGGAGUCAUUCCUGAAUCAAUUUUUUCCAUCUGGAUACCCAUACAGUGUGAACGAGGGUUAUCUAAGAUACUCACAAUUCCGAGCAUUGCAACACUUAACAAGUGCUACUUUAUCUGUGCUAUCUACUCAGUCACUGCUAUUUGCUGCAGGUUUGCGACCUACCCCAGCACAGGCAACUGUUGUGAGUUGGAUCUUAAAGGAUGGGAUGCAGCAUGUGGGAAAGCUAAUAUGUAGUAAUAUGGGUGCAAGAAUGGAUUCAGAGCCAAAAUAUUGGAGGUUACUGGCUGAUGUUCUCUAUGACUUUGGUACUGGCAUGGAAGUUCUUUCUCCAUUAUGUCCGCAUCUUUUUCUUGAAUUGGCUGGCCUAGGAAAUUUCGCAAAGGGAAUGGCAGUUGUGGCUGCAAGAGCCACAAGAUUACCUAUAUAUUCUUCAUUUGCUAAAGAAGGGAACCUCAGUGAUCUAUUUGCAAAAGGAGAGGCUAUCUCAACUCUUUUCAAUGUUGUAGGAAUAGGUGCAGGCAUUCAACUGGCAUCUACUGUAUGUUCAUCAAUCAAUGGAAAGUUGAUUGUUUGUCCUCUUCUUUCCCUGAUACAUAUUUACUGUGUGAGUGAAGAAAUGCGUGCGACUCCUAUUAACACGUUGAAUCCACAGCGGACUGCAAUGAUUGUAGCCAAUUUUCUCAAGACAGGAAAGAUGUCAAGCCCUGCAGACUUGAGAUACAGGGAAAAUCUUCUCUUUCCUGGGAGAGGCAUUGAAGAUGCUGGAAGUGUGAAGGUGGGUAGGGCUCUGCACAAGAUUGUUAAACCUUCAAAACUCAGUGAACUGAGAGAGAUGUUCCCUGAGGAGAAAUUUCUUAUAAAUUGCGGAACUAAAUGGACUGACGUGGUGUUGGAGCACAGUGCAACGGGGGAGGAUGCGUUGAAGGGUUGGUUGGUUGCUGCAUAUGCUGAAAGCAUGGAGAAAUCAAGCCAUGGGACAAGGGAAAUUCUCUUACUAGAAUCUUACGAGAAAAUUGAAAGCAUGUUCCCUUCUUUUUUGUCUGAACUGAAGAUGAAAGGAUGGCAUACUGAUCGUUUUCUGGAUGGAACAGGGAGCCGUUUUGCUUGGUAAAGGAAUGUCACUUCAUCUUUGUACUCUCUUACUUGGCAGUUCAGCUGAAGGAAGCUGCAUAUUGGUAUAUUCAAAGUUACGUGCUAGCCCAGAAUCUGUUAGGAGGUUAAGUGCAAAGAUGUUUCAUAUAGUUGUCGGCUACAUUACAGGAUCUUUGUAAGCAAGCUGGAUUCUUUUUCUUUUCUGUAAAAUUAGAGGAAGGAAUACAGAGAGAAAAUUGUUAUGGACUUAUGGUUGGAAUUCUUUAGCUUUCAACUAUAGUUUUCUACAUUUUCUUCCCUCUAUCUCAAGGAAGGGUGUACCUAAGUGGAACUUGUAUAACAAUUUUGUGCCACAAGGGCUUAUCCAGUACAGUCCUCCAAGCAUUCUUGGCCA